ACAAAACAUUCCAAAAGAGGUACAAACGAGGACAAUGCCGUUAUCCAUUCUUAAAAAUCACAGACCAUAUUCAUGACAAUCCUCAGAAGACACGAUCAAUGAUUGGGUUCUAGCUAGCUAAUUUGUUCUUGUCUUAACAAUUGAUGUUUUUCCAAUUCUAUAAAUCAAAUCCCUCUCAUUGAAUUCUACCCUCCUCAGCCCCCUCAAUGCAUCUAACCUGUUUGGGUCCCAAGAAAAUUCCGUUUCUCUUCAGGUUCCCGCUCCAUUCUCCGGGAAAAUCACUGGGUCUGGACUGAAAAUUUGUGGGUUCCCUCCCAUUGGUUGUUUGAAACAACUUUUUUUUUUUUUCAAGGAUUGUGAAAAUGGGUGCGUGUUGUAGCAAGGGUGAUCGAACGUUUGAUGGGUUCAUAUUGAAUGGUGAGGAUGAUUUCAAGGAGAGUGAUGUUGGGAAUGAGGAUCGUAUACCAAAUGGAGAUUUUGACGCACGUGUGAGGUUGCAAGGAUCAUGUAAAGAUCUUUCAAUGUUCACCCAACAAGGCAGAAAAGGGAUCAAUCAAGAUGCUAUGACUGUUUGGGAGAAUUUUACUGGUGAGAAAGAUAUGUUCUUCUGUGGUGUGUUCGAUGGACAUGGUCCCUCGGGGCACAAAGUGGCACGCCAAGUACGUGACAUCUUACCGUCGAAGCUGUCACAUGCAUUUAAAAAGUCGAAAACCAGCGGAAACUAUGGUAGUGGUGAUGUUGAUGAAGCACACAACAAUGAUGGCAAUGGUGAUUUUGAUAACAAAGAUGGUCACGACGAAAACACUGGUCACAAUUCAUUCUUUUCUUUGUGGAAGACCAAUUUGAUAAAAUCUUUCAAAGAGAUUGACGAUGAACUUUGUGCCGAUGCGAGUAUUGAUAGCUAUUGCAGUGGUACAACAGCAGUAACUAUAAUUAAACAGGGUAAUCACUUGGUAAUUGCAAACUUGGGGGAUUCUCGAGCAGUCCUCUGCACUAGAGGCAACAAAAAUCAACCCGUUUCCGUCCAACUCACAGUUGACAUGAAACCGAAUCUUCCAUGUGAAGCGGAAAGAAUUAGGGACUGCAAAGGCAGAGUUUUCGCGAUGGAUGAAGAACCAGAGGUGUUUAGAGUAUGGAUGCCUGAUGAUAAUUGUCCCGGUCUUGCAAUGGCAAGGGCUUUCGGAGAUUUUUGCUUGAAAGAUUUUGGCCUAAUUUCAAUCCCGGAAGUCUCUUAUAGAAAGCUUACAGACACAGAUGAAUUUGUGGUUCUAGCAACUGAUGGGGUAUGGGAUGUGCUAACAAACAACGAGGUGGUUGAGAUAGUUGCUUCAGCAAAAAAGCGACACAAUGCGGCUAGAGUGCUGGUGGAUCGCGCUGUACGAGCCUGGAGAUGCAAAUAUCCAUGUUCCAAGAUCGAUGACUGUGCAGUCAUAUGCUUGUUUCUGAAACCUCGACUUUUGUUAACCAAAUCCACGUCGGAAAGGAGCCAUCAAAUACCGGGUUACCCAUUUCGCGGGCUUACUUGUUACUCCAGAAGCAUGAGCACGGAAGACAGACUCACUGUUAUAAAUGAUGAAAUUACAACAGAUUCGAAGGACUGCAUUGCUCUAAGCAAUGUGGCUCGAGUGGAUUCUAUAGUGAAGGUGCCUCGACUCGAGACUGGUCUCAACCACAGGAGAAAAUGUAAAUGAUGUUGAAGAUGAUAAGAAGAUAAUGUGAUCUCCUUAGACUCAUUGAUGCCUACAAUUUUUAUAAAUUAAUCAAGAAUAUGCUUGAAGAA